AUGCUGGGCCUCAGUAGCUUCGCCAGUCGGCGACGAUCUGUGUACCUGACCCUGGCAAUCGCUGCGUCACUCGUCUGUCUUGUCAACCUAUUUUUCCUCACCACCGCCGUUGAUGAUUCGCCCCGUCGCAGUCGCUUCCCCGGUGCUUCAAUCUUCCGCCACCAGGAAAAACACCUGAAAGGCAGUCUGGCCCGCGAUGAACACCCGAUUGUCGGAUUGAUGGAAGAUGCCAAUCGUCACUGGCAGCAAUAUGAGGGGAGCCGCUCGCGGAGCUUUCGGCAGACUGUCGCCAAGUAUCGUCAAACGUACGGGCGACAUCCACCCCCGGGGUUCAAGGAAUGGUACCAAUACGCGCGCGAGAGAAACGUCUACCAUGUCGACGACUUUCAGCAGAUUAUGGCAGACUUGCGACCAUUUUGGGCGAUCGCGCCACAGAGAUUCGACGCUGUGCCGUUGAAAGUGGAGGGAUGGCGAGUGGAAAAUCUCUUUAAGGUGGUGCGCAAGCUGGCGCCGUAUCUGCCGGACAUGGACAUUGCAAUGAACAUUAUGGACCAACCGCGCCUCUUGGCCACCUUUGAGGACAUUCAGAAGUACCUCCAAGUAGAGGAGAGCACGCGAACCCUUCCGCCAAAUGCCACGGACCGAUUUACCCCGAAGAUGCAGUAUUUCUAUGAGGAAAAGGCGAGCGUCAACGCGGAAAAGAAUGGUGACGGCGAAGAGCUGGAUCCGGCUUGGUUCUCUGCGGCGGGCAGACCGUACAUGGAUUUUGCAAAGGACGCAUGCGCGCCGAACUCGCCGGCGCGUAACAGCAGUAUCUCCGUGGCCGAGGCGGACGCCGCUUUCAAAUCAGCUGCCGGGGGGCUUAUCACCAAUUUUACCACCGCAUCAGAUCUCUGUACGGUAGGCCCAGUCAUCGGAGACCAGCAUGGCUUCCUCUUCUCCGCCUCCAGUAAUGUCAUCACCCGGAAGCUACUGCCUGUGUUCAGCGAAUGCAAGGUGAGCGUGAACAACGACAUUCUCUUCCCGGCCAACAUGUACUUUUUGAAAGACAAGCGCUACCAGUACCAAUCGCGACACGACUACGAGUGGGAAGACAAAUCCGACUCCCUGAUAUGGCGCGGUGUGACAUCGGGCGGCAUUCAAGUCGAGGACAAUUGGCAUCGCCUGCAUCGGCAGCGAUUCGUGCGUCUAUCCAAUGCAACGGAGAUGGACAUGGAAAAGGUCUCGAUUUUGGCCCAGGAUGCUCAUGACGGCCACUACCAUGUGGUUGAUGACUUUAAUCCCGCCGAUUUCGCCGCCUCCCACUUUGACGUGGGGUUCACCGAGGCGAUCGCCUGCAUUCCCGACACAUGUCCCUUUUACAAAGACGUCUGGACCUACAAAAAGCCCCAGCCUUUUUCGCAACAGUUCAAAUCCAGAUACCUGGUCGAUUUGGACGGCCACAGCUUCUCUGGUCGCUGGCGGGCCUUCCUGCAAAGUAAAUCCCUCGGCUUGAAGGCCACUAUCUUCCGAGAGUGGCACGACUCGCGACUCUUUGCCUGGCGGCAUUUUGUUCCCCUGGAUAACCGAUAUGAUGAGUUUUACUCCCUGAUGACCUACUUCAUGGGACUGAACCCGUCGGCGUCUCCGGAAAAUUUGCGCCCUCACCUGCCCUCUGUUCCGCGUCACGAUCUCGAGGCCGAGGUGAUUGCCACUCAAAGUCGCGAGUGGGCUGGUCUGGCUCUGCGUGAUGAGGAUCUGUACAUCUACAUGUACCUUCUCCUCCUGGAGUAUGGACGAAUCAUUGAUGACAAUCGUGAGCAUAUCGGCUAUAGCGGCGAUGGCAGUGAGCUCGACGCAUUCGAUGCCAAACACCCGUUUCCCUCGUCAUUAGACCAGCUUCUUUAUGAGCAAUAA